AUGGAGGAAGGCAAAUUGAAUUUCAAUGCACCACUUUUAUCGGUGAGGCGGCUUUCUUCAACACAUUGUUUUUCAGCUGGUGAUAAGCAGAAGAUAGUUGCGAAUUCUUCUUACACAAGGGCACGCAUUCUUCCUUCCAAUAACUCGGAUGUGAGUUUGGUUGAGGUGACAGAGCAUGUUGCAGUUCCUUUUGUAUGGGAGCAAAUCCCUGGGAAAGCAAAAGGUGGCCCACAGCACGAGUUUCAGCCUGAUAAGGAAGCUUCUUUUAUUCCUGAGCCUCCGUCGGGGAGGGUUUCUCAUGUCAUCAAGUAUCCUGUGGAGAGAGACUCUAGAAAUCAAUAUGUGCUCAGGCCCCAACAUUCUAUGAAUGAUGAUGUGUCUGGAUUACAAUGUUCAAACGAGGGAAUGAAUGAGAAAUGCAUAUUGGAGCUGGAGGAUGAGGAUGAUGUUUAUUCUGAUGCACUUGAUACCUUGUCCACAGCGAAGCCAUCUAUGGCUCCUGACCAUCCCCUAGAGGUUAGGGAAGUGGCUUCUGGGUACAGGGAACCUCUUGUUAAUCAAUAUGAGUCGUUUAUCGUUCCGCGUUCCGGUGUUCUGAGAAGAACAAUACGAGGAUUGUUGCCUCGAUUAUGCUUCAUGAACUCAGUGUGCCUCUUUAUUCCCAUCCCGGGAUUAAAAGUUAGGACUCGCUCUUCGAUUUCAUCUAAUUGCGAUGUUGCUAAACCUGGAAAAACUACCUCCAUCAAGUCUGGAAACCAAAUUGUUGAAAAGAAUGGUUGGGAUGUUUGUAACAACAAAUCAGAUAGUAGAGUUCAAUCCUUCAGGCUGCCAGAGAACAAAUCAGAUAAUGAAGCUCAAAUGCGCAGGCUCCUGGAAGACAAAUCAGAGAGUGAAGUUGAAUCCCACAGGCUCCCUGAGAUUGGUGGAAAGGUGUCAUGUAGAUCGAGUCGGUUUAGCAGCGCGAAUGACCUGCAGAUGGUAACUUGGUUGCCCCUGAAAAGGCCUACAGGCAAUGCUCGCAUUCCUCCUUAUCGUCGAGAGAAACCUCAAUCUCCGUUCAGUGGAGAGGGGUUUCUUGGAAUGCCUAAACAAGCUGAGAAAUUCAAAGCAAAUAUGUUAGUUAAGAAUUCCAAUAGCACUAAAUACUCAAAGGAAUUAGUACCAUAUCAGAACAAUCAACAAGGUUCAGAUUCUCUGAGCCUUGCAGUUGAGAAAACACUUUAUGUAGAUACCGUAAAAAUUAGUAGUUCAAUUUCCAAUUCCUCAGAUACCAUAGUAACGAAUAGAAUGCUGGAAGAACCUGCUAGUGUAGGAUCUUCUCUUCAAGACAUACAAGGCCUCGAUCUUUUAGACAGAAAGGGCAUAUGA